GAACCUUACAUGGAACAAGACAAAGGAGUUACUUUCGAUCUUGGUCAUGACCCAGCAAAGAAUAAGCUUAAAUAAGUGUCCAAACAAUACAGAAGCACAAAAUCUACCUGUUGUCUCACAAUUCCAUCUCAUGAGCCUCUCAGAGAAUCCAGAACUACAGCCUAUCCUUUUUGUGCUGUUUUUAUCCUUCUACAUGGUCACAGUGCUUGGAAAUUUGCUCAUCAUUCUAGCUGUGAGCUCUGACUUCCGCCUCCAUACCCCCAUGUAUUUCUUUCUCUCCAAUCUUUCCUGGUCUGACAUUUGUUUGAUCUCCACUACAGUCCCAAGGAUGAUUUGGGAUAUUAGAACUCAAAGCAGAGCCAUCUCCUAUGUGGGCUGCCUAACACAGAUGUCCAUGUUUAUAAUUUUUGGGUGUAUGGAUAGUAUGCUUCUGACUGCAAUGGCCUAUGAUAGGUUUGUGGCCAUCUGUAACCCUCUGCAUUACAAAAUCAUUAUGAAUCCUAACCUCUGUGCCUUCUUACUUUUGGCAUCUGUUUUGGCCAGUCUUGUGGACUCCCAAGUGCACAAUUUGAUUGUGCUACAAUUUACAUACUUCAAUGACAUGGAAAUCUCUAACUAUUUUUGUGAACCUUCUCAACUUCUUAAUCUUAACUGUUCUGAAAUGUUCACCAAAAACAUAGUUAUACAUUUUAUUGGUGUCUUUUUUGGUUUAUUUUCAACCUCAGGAAUUAUUUUCUCAUACUAUAAAAUUAUUUCUUCCAUCCUGAGAAUUCCAUCAACAGAUGGGAAGUAUAAGGCCUUCUCCACCUGUGGGUCUCACCUGUCAGUUGUUUGCUUAUUUUAUGGAACAUCCAUUGGAGUAUACAUUGGUUCAACUGCAUCAAGUUCUCCUGAAAACUGUGCAGUUGCUUCACUUAUGUACACAGUAGUCACACCUAUGCUUAAUCCCUUCAUCUACAGCCUGAGGAACAGGGACAUUAAAACUGCCCUAUGGCAACUGCAGAGAAGAGCAAUGUAAUUUCAUAACACCUUCCAUUAUUUUUGAAGUUUGAGUUCUUAACCCAACUAUUUAUCUAUAAAAAUAUAAUCUCUUUGUUGUUGUGGCUUUGGUUCCACUCC